CCGCCUGUAGGCUUCCCUCCCGGCCGGGAUGGCGGAGGCCGCCUGGAACGAAGACACGGGCGGGGUGGUCUACCGUUCUCGGGACCCCAUCGGCAACCUCCGCAUCAGGGUUCGCCUCCAGCGGGUGACUUCCACCAGCCUGCUGCUGCAGCAGCUGCAACAGCUCUCCUUCCAGCCAGGCCAGCAAGCCAUUGGCUUGGCCACCCUCGGAUCUCACAACACAGCAAGUGGAAACCCUCCAGAAGAAGAAGUUGUGAUCGGCUGGCAAGAAAAACUCUUCAGCCAAUUUGAGGUGGAUCUGUACCAACAUGAGUCUGCUUGCCAGAGCCCAUUGGACCGGCAGUACCACCAGGACAUCCUGAAGCUGGAGAAAUCCGGAGGACGGAAAAACAACCGGAUCUUCACCUACACAGACCACGACCGCUUCACCAACAUGGAAGAGCACUGCCAGAGGGUCACCACGUCUGUCCAGGAAGCACCUUCAUACUUGGCAGAGAGGAUGGCCAAUGUGAGAAGGAGAAGGCAGGAGCGCAAGCCAGUGGAAAGCAGCGUCUUCAAGUCCCGCAUUGUCACCUGGAAGCCUUCAGAGGAGUUCAUCAAAAACAACCAUGUUAUCAACACCCCUGUGCAGACCAUGUACAUAAUGGCAGACCUGGGACCCGAAGACAAACUUGGCUGUGGGGACUGUGAGCACGUCCUUUGUACCAUCAGAGUGGAUAGCAAUGGAGUUAUCACAGUCAAGCCGGAUUUCACAGGCACAAAAGGGCCUUACCGGAUUGAGCUGGAAGGGGAGAAGCGGGAGCUGUGGAAGUACACUCUGGAGAACGCCUCAGCCGUGGUGCAGCAGGAUGAGGAGGAGCGGGAGCAGCGCCUCUUCAAAGACUUGUACAGUCGGCACAAGGAGUACCUCCAUGGACUUGUUGGCACCGACUUUGAGAUGACUCUCCCUGGGUCACUGCGACUCUUCGUUAAUGGUGAAAUUGUUUCAGCCCAGGGCUAUGAGUACGACAAUCUCUACAUCCAUUUUUUCCUGGAGCUCCCCAGCCACUGGUCUUGUCCCCCAUCUCAGCCGCUCUCUGGAGUGACACAGACCUGUGCCACCAAGAUUCUUGGCAAGGACAGGGUGGCCUUUUUCUCCUUCCCUUUCACUCUGGAGGUGUUCUUUACCCAAGAGGAUGAGUUGGAAGGUUCUCUCCCUCAGUGGCCCGUGCUCUAUUUUGAGGUCCUCUCCUUGGAUUUCUGGCAGAGGUAUCGCGUUGAAGGCUACGGGUUUGUGAUGCUGCCAGCAACGCCAGGGGCUCAUACAUUAACUGUUUCCACUUGGCGUCCCAUGGAGCCCGGUACCUUCUCAGAACUGCAAAGGUUUUUCAUUGGGGGAUCACCGGAACUUGAAGACUUGACUUACGCCAGGGUACCCAGCACCUUCAAGGGUGACCGCCUGAGCCGGUUUGGAUUCCGCACGGAGACGACGGGCAGUGUCACGUUCAGGCUGAACUGCCUGCAACAGUCUAAGGCUUUCCUGGAGUCCAGCUCUAUGAAAAAGCGUAUGCAGAGUGUCCUGGACCGGCUGGGUGGCUUCAGCCAGCAGGGCUCUGUCUACAACGUCCUAGAGGCCUUUCAGCGGGCUCGGCGGCGGAUGCAGGAAGCCCGAGAGAGCCUUCCCCAGGAUUUGAUCAGCACUUCCACUGCUGGCCGUGACUCCCACCUGUCCUGACCCCUUUGCAGGUCCUCGGUCUGGGAGGAGAAGCUUGUGAGAUGCUCUUCCUCCUUAUCUGCAAGAGUUCUCGUCGCUGAACUGAUCUUGAGUCCAGGUUGCAACAGGCCUCCCUGUCUGGAGGGGGCACUGUCAGCUGGACGCACUGCACGCUCCUUCCUUGUUGAUGCUUGUGUGGGGAGCUUGAACACAGAAUGUAUUCCAACAUCCAGGUCCUGACCUGGCAAGUACCAGCAAGAAUUCAUUCUUCAGCCCCGUUCCCCCAACCCUAAUGGAUACAAGUCGUUCUCCUGUUCACAGUAUUUGAUAUAAGCCAUCACAGCUCUGAAUCUUUGACUGAACCUCUCCAAAACCAAAGAGUAAAAAGCCAGUUGAGUACCUGGGUACGGCUACGUGCUAUGAAUGAGCCUCCAGAAAUCUCCUAGAAUCGUAUCUUGGCAUCAGCAAUCGACAGGAAGAUGUCUUCCAGCUUGCCAGCAGCAGCAUUUUGCAAACCAAAUUAACAGCUGCCGUGAAGGCCCUGGCCCUUCCUGCACCUAACAAACAAGCUUCCUUGUUCCCCUGUUCCAGAGCACUUUUGUUGCUGCUGCUGGGCUUCAGAUCUGAGUUCUUUUUGUUAGGUUUCCUCUCUUUCUCGCUGGCCAUCUAGGCAUCAAAGCCAACGUCCAGCUGACUGGGACUGAGGUGUGCUCUGCCAGGUUUGAGCUGCUUUUGGAGGCAGAAUCAGAAUGUUCUUACUUGGGGUCGCCUUUAAGCUUAUUGCCAAACAAAGGAACUGAGUUUAGUGUUUGGAGAAGAGGGGUUAUGUUUUAUGUUUUGUGUAUUAUUAUUGUGAAGUUCCUGAGUUUACAGCACAAGGCGAGGAGUACUUUAAAAUGAUAACACUUUCUAAUGAAGACAGUUUCAGAUGGGUAGCCAAGCAAGAUUUGGGUCCAGUAGCACCUUACAAGACCAACUAGAUCCCCAGGGUAUGAGGCUUUGAGAGUCAGAGCUCCCUUUGUCACACAGAAGGAACUCUCUCUUGGAAACUCAUACCCUGGAAACCUAGUUGGUCUUGAAGGUCCGCAGUGGAUCUAUGGAAGAGUUUGUUCGUAGUCAAAUAAUAAAUUAAGCAGCAAGAAAUCACCAUGCCCAGACUUCUCCUAGCACACCCGUUCCUUUCUGUAAGCAGAGCCCCUUUGGCCAUGCCA